ACAAAAGACCUGCUGUUUGAAAACGAGCAAGUACCGGCGUCUGCUUCGCUGGCAGACACUUUGAACAAAGAGCCGGAACACAUAUCCAGCAAAGAUCCGGAAGAGCUGAUCCGGAAAUUUCGGGAGGUGCUCGAACGAAGGGCGGCCGCCAUCCGAGAAGGAGAAGGAUUCCUUUUUUCUGCCGGAGCAGCAGCAAAAGCUUAUAAGCCAAUGGUGUUUCCAGAAUCCAGUUCGAUGUUUCAACUCAGAACGUUAUAAUCUGAAUCUAAUCAAGAAGUAUUUUGUGACCCACAUCGCACAAUCCGGCGAUGUAAAAGUGGCAAACAAAACAAGGUCAUGUACAUGUCCACCCCGGUGUUCAAGUUUCUGGACAUUUGUAGCUAUGUCAGCCCUGGGACAAGUUACGAAAAAUGGGUGAAAACGUACGGGGCCAAGCUUUCGAAAUCAUGGCUGCCGUAUGAGUGGUUUGACUGUGCUGAUAAGUUGGACUUUGAAGGCUUGCCUCCGCAUCGUUAUUGGUUUCCUAAACAGGAAAAAUAAUUUUCCCUUGUCGUUGAAGGAGUAUGAGGACUGCCAGCGAGUGUUCCGGGAACGGGGAAUGAAAACGUUGGCUGAUUGGCUGCAUUUUUACAACAACCUUGCUGUUGAGCCCUUUCUAGACGCCCUGGAGUCCACCCGAGACUUUUACACUGGGUUGGGAAUC